AUGUCAGUGUAUGGUCGAUCCAUAGUGGUGCGUGGUGCUGGCGAUGCUAUGUUACGUGCUGGCGCUCAUGGAAGGGGAUGGUAUCACCGUUCACUGGCCAAGAUGAAUGCGCCAGAGGCUGCUGCUGUAUCCUACGACGCCGUGGUGCCUACGCCGGCACAGCCACGGCCUCGUGCUUUCCUGGACGUGAGCAUUGGUGGUGCUAAAAGCGAACGCAUUGUGGUGGAGCUGGCCAAAGAUAUCGUGCCAAAGACAGCUACAAAUUUUCUUAAGAUGUGUACGGAAGGAUUCAAGUCCAAGGCGUUGGGCUCUGGCUCGUAUAAGAAUACCAAGUUCCACAAUGUGACAAAGGGCGUGUACGUCGUGGGUGGCGACGUCCUCAGUGGAAAUGGUACGGGUGGUCACGCAGCAUUGGAAGAAGAUCAGCGAUACUUUGAUGAUGAGAACUAUGCGUUGCAGUUCUCAGAGCAAGGCGUGCUAGGUAUGGCAAACGCUGGCAUUAAUAAGAACGCGUCGCAGUUUUUUAUCUCGCUUAAGCCGCUGCCGCAUCUAAAUGGGCGCAACGUUGCGUUUGGCAAGAUUGUUGAGGGCAAGAGUGUAUUAACGAGUAUUCAGGGCGUCUAUUGUGUGCAGCACAAGCCGCUGACGGACAUUGAGAUCGUCAACUGUGGCGUGCUGUAA